AGUUUUAUAGUGUUUCAUAUCUAAUGGCCGAAGCCUCGUCCUCUACAACACCGAAAGGCCUCUCGGCAUCUGAAUUCGAUCGUACCUCGCCUCCUCCUACCAGAAUGGACGACACCAUCGACAUUUUCCUACGGCCCGAAUACCGCCACUUGACCUUCAUUAACAAGGACCAGGCCGAGUACAGUAACCUCACCUACUGGCAACGUAUCAAGAUGAACCCACAAGUCAUCUUUGAAUCCUGUAUCGGUCGAGCCGUGUCCUCCUACUUCAUGGGAGGGGCUCUCGGUCUCCUCAUGGGCGGUUUCUUCCAUACAAUGCAACCCAUAGACGUCGAUGCGAGUCUCCCAUUCCGCCAACAGGUUCGCCAGGCAUACAAAGGCUUCGGACAAGCGUCCGUUUCGAUGGCCAAAGGAUUCGCAGUGUGUGGUGCCGUGUACUCUGGUGUCGACUGCUUCGUCGAGCGUGCCAGAGGAUCUCAUGAUCUCAACAACUCUAUUUAUGCUGGUUGUCUUACUGGUGCCGCUCUAGCUUACAAAGGAGGCCCUCAGGCUAUGGCAAUGGGCUGUGCUGGUUUUGCUGCUUUUUCUAUCGUUAUCGACUCUUUCAUGUCUACUGGCGAUAAAGAUGUCCAUAAAUGGUGACUGUAUAGUUGAAACACCGCUACUGUUUCUGUGCAACAUUAUCACACCACUGGCUGAGUUCCUG